UCCAUUUAAGGAACCCCCUAAGAGUGAAGUUCUGCAUAGCCACUUUCAUGUUGUAUCUAGCAAUAGUCUUAGUGUGUUUUCUUUAGAGCAACAGAAUGGGCAGAGGAAAGAUUGAGAUUAAAAAAAUUGAAAAGCCAUCAAAUAGACAUGUUACCUUCUCAAAGAGGAGACUUGGCCUUGCCAAAAAAGCUCAAGAACUUUCCAUUUUGUGUUCAGCUGAUGUUGGUCUUGUUAUUUUCUCCGACAAUGGAAAGCUAUUCACACACCCAGAAUCUUCUUGCCAAUUAGAUCGAAUUCUAGAGAGAUACCAUUCCAUGAAAGGAAGAUUUCAUGAAGACCCAAAUGCUUCCUUCCAUUUUAAACGUUUGCGAGCUGAGAAUGAGAGACUUCGUUCUGCUAUGAGGCAUUUCAAGGGGGAGAAUCUCAUCCAACUUCCACUGAAGGAUCUGGAUAUUCUUGAAGAUGAACUCAAUACUUCGAUAUCUAGGGUCAGAUCAAGGAAAAAUGAGAUUACAAAUCAACUUAUUGAACGAGAGGAGCACAGUCUAAGUAAGAUUCAAGAAGUUGAAAGAGAGAAUGACAUUCUGCGAGAAAGACUGGCCCAUCUGCAGAAAAUGGAGGAUAAUUGUCAUGAAGGACCAGCAUGGGAUUAUCUGCCGGAUAAGACAUUUGGGCAAUCUGAUGAGUCAAAUCAUUUUAAUUUGUUCUCCCCAACUCCUCUUCCUACUCUGCAGCCAAGUGAAAUAAUGUUGAGAGAACCAGAUCUACAGCCUGAACUAUAUUUAGCUGCUUUGAUAAAAGCAGUUGAUGUUCUGGGUUUCCUGUCUGUCUAUCUCUUUGGAACUACAGUUUGUAUUGUUCGAAUAUGGGAAGCACAAAAAUCAGACAACUGUUGA